AAUUGGAGAGGCACAUGUAUUUUUUUUUUACUGGGGGGAGUUAGUGUAUUAUCGACAGUUUGAUUUUCUCAGACAGAUUUUGGUCUGGGAAUUUCAAUUUUAGGUUUAUCAGAGCACAUUUUCACGAGACCACGUUGUAAAAGCUUUUCUUAUUUCAUCUGAACUGCAUCAGACCGACGGACAUCUGGGUUUGGCCGAUGCCAGGAGAAGACUACCUGCCCGAGUCCAUUGUGCCAACUGUAAAGUUUGGUGGAGGAGGAAAAAUGGUGGCUGUUUUUCAUGGUUCGGGCUUCGCCCCUUAGUUCCAGGGAAGGAAAUCUUAACAUUACAGACAUUCUAGACGAUUCUGUGCUUCCAACUUUGUGGCAACAGUUUGGGGAAGGCCCUUUCCUGUUUCAGCAUGACAAUGCCCCUGUGCACAAAGUGAGGUUCAUACAGAAAUGGUUUGUUGAGAUCAGUCUGGAAGAACUUGACUGGCCUGCACAGAGCCCUGACCUCAACCCCAUUAAACACUUUUGGAAUUAAUUGGAAGGCUGACUGCCAGCAAGCUCUAAUCGCCCGAUCUCACCAAUGCUCUUGCUCUCUUCUCCCAGAAGACUGGAGGUUGAUAUAUCCGCAAAGGGGACCAACUCCAUAUUAAUGCCCCUGAUUUUGGAAUGUGUGACUGGGGACCAUGACGACAGAGGUGGGAUCUGAAACAGAGGUGAAAAAAGAGCCGGAGAAGGCGGAGGAGCAGCCUGCAAAACCUGAACUACCAGCCACCAACCAGACAGACGAGGUCAAGGUCGUUGAGGCCGCCGAGCAGUCCAACGAAAGCCCUGCUCUGGCCACAGACUCAGCAGAGGCAAAGGAGAACCAGGAGGAGGCCCAGCCUGCCGACAACGCCACAGGACCGGAGGGAGAGGAGCCCCCAGCCUCACCACCAGCUUCAGAGAAGAAAGGCAUCUCCAGGUUCCUCCCUCCAUGGCUUAAGAGGCAAAAGUCUCAGAGCACGGUGGGACCCAAAGAGAGCCAGGUGACACCCAAGGAAGAGGGAGGUGUGGUUCUGUUGAAGGGGGAGGGUGAAAAGGCGGAGCAGGUCGAAGCAGAGCAGACAUCAUCGACCACAGCAGCUGAGCCACAGGUUGAAGAAGAGCAAGUGAACGGCGAGGCGGAGCCAGAACAGAAAGAGGAAGUGAAUUCAGAGGAACAAGCGGAGAAUCAUUCCACUGGCAGUGCAGAAACUCAGCCUGCUAAGGAGGAGAAAGCAUCAGAGAAAUCUCAGGAGAAGAGUGCAGCGGAGGAGGAGAAAAAAGAAACAGAGGAAGGAGGAGAGGAGAAGAAAGACCAGGAAGAGAGCUUGAAGCCCGAGGGAGGGCGUUAUUUUAUCAAGUCGCCUCUGAAACUGACCAAGAAGGUGAAGAUGGUGAUGUGUCAUGUGAUCAUGCUGGAUGGAAGCCAGUUCCCCUGUGAGGUGGAGAAACGGGCCAAAGGCCAGUACCUGUUUUUCAAAGUGUGUGAAACCCUGAACCUACUGGAGAAGGACUACUUUGGGUUGAGUUUCAAAGACAACGCUGACCAGACGUGCUGGCUGGACCCUACAAAGGAGAUCAAACGUCAGAUCUGCAAUACCUCCUGGCAGUUAGCGUUCAAUGUCAAGUUCUACCCUCCUGAUCCGUCCCAGCUGACCGAGGAUAUUACCAGAUAUCUCCUGUGCCUUCAGCUGCGGCAGGACAUCAUUUCGGGGCGUCUGCCCUGCUCCUUCGUCACCCACUCUCUGCUGGGUUCCUACUCCCUGCAGGCCGAGCUGGGAGAUCACGACCCCGAUGAGCAACGCCUCGACUACAUCAGCGACUUCCAGUUUGCCCCCUCACAGACUAAGGAGAUGGAGGAGAAGGUGGUAGAGCUCCACAAAACUCACAGGGGGAUGACUCCUGCUCAAGCAGAUACCCAGUUCUUAGAAAACGCCAAGAAGUUGUCGAUGUAUGGUGUCGAUCUCCACCAUGCCAAGGACUCUGAGGGAGUGGACAUCAUGUUGGGAGUGUGUGCCAAUGGCCUGCUGAUCUACAAAGACCGACUCCGGAUAAACCGCUUUGCCUGGCCAAAAAUCCUCAAGAUCUCCUACAAACGUAGCAACUUCUAUAUCAAAAUCAGGCCGGGAGAGACGGAGCAGUUUGAGAGCACCGUGGGCUUCAAGCUGCCCAACCACCGCUCUGCCAAGAGAGUCUGGAAGGUCUGCGUGGAGAAUCACACCUUCUUCAGGUUGAUGACUCCAGAAGCGCCCACUAAAGCCAAGUUCCUCACACUGGGCUCUAAGUUCCGCUACAGUGGGCGGACCCAGGCCCAAACACGACAGGCCAGCACCCUCAUCGACAGGCCGGCACCCUACUUCGAGCGCACCUCCAGCAAGCGCAUCUCACGAAGCCUGGAUGGUGCGCCAGUGAUCAACAUGAUCGAGGCCCAGGACUCGGCCCCCACCUCUGUGGGGAACGGCAGGGAGCCUGGCCUGGAACUCUCCUCUGACUCCUCCAAGGUAGAGGAGGAGCCUAGCGAAAGGGCGGCGGCCACACCUACUGAAGGCACUGAGAUGAAAAGAGAUGAGCCAGACUCCUCCCAGCAGAGCGGAAAGUUGAGAGUGCAGGGGGAAAAUAUAUAUGUCAGACAUAGCAAUUUAAUGUUGGAGGACCUGGAUAAGACUCAGGAGGAUGUUUUGAAACAUCAGGCUAGCACUAGUGAGUUAAAGCGCAGUUUUAUGGAGGCCACCCCUGAGACGCGUCCCAGUCAAUGGGAAAAGCGCCUCACUGCCAGCCCGGCUACCAGCCUGCGUCUGCAGGCCCAAGGGAGCUUAGAAGAGGAAAUUACCUCUAUUUUAUUCAGGAAAUUUGCCUGCGAGUCUGGUCUGGUUGACCCUGGCUGUAGCACCAUUAAGAGAGCAGCAGAGGGCGCUGGCGCUGUAUUCUCUAGCUCAAUGGCCUCAGCUCCACUCACUGCCCAGAGGAGCCCCCCACCCACAACCCAGGAGCCUCUCCCUGACCUCACAGUGGACACGGUCUCUAAGAGUUCAGAUGACAAACAGAAAUCAGACGAGACAACGUUGCAGGCAGCAGAGGUUGAGAUAGAAGAGACGGUAGUCGUCGAGGAGAUCAGGGUGGCACCCAAAGGCUCUGUCACCAUCACCACCCCCGAGGUGGUCACCCCUGUCGCCGUGGAGACAGAGGUCGAGAAGCCCGAAGAGGAAGUGGUAGAGGAAGUGAUAGAGGAAGUGAAGGAGGAGCAGAAGAGGCCUGUGAGCGUGUCCUCGGACAGCCACAGUGAGAGCGAGGAGGAGGCAGGGGAGUACCACCCCCAGGUCACUGUCAACAUCUCAGUGGAACAGAUCAAAGAAGAGCCUGAGAAGGAGGAGGAAGUGGACAACCAUGAAGAACCAGAGCAAGUUGCAGAGCCCGAACCACUCCCAGAGGUUGAGGUAGAGACCAUGCCUUCCCCUGCAGUAGUGGAAGAAAGGCCUAUGGCAGAGCCAGAGACAGCCCUUGUGGUCGAUGCCCCCGUUGAGGAGGAGCGCACCGAGGACAUCCUGGUUACCCCCGAGGAGGCCCCUAACGGGCAUGCUGAGGACCAGCCUGGCCUGUUGGCUGUGGAAGAAGAAGAAGAAGAAGAGGAGGAGCCCAGAGUCAACGGGGACGCGUCUCACGCUGAGACGGAGCUCAUUCCUCAGGUUAUUUGUUGCUCUGAGCCACCUGUGGUGAAGACCGAGAUGGUGACCAUCUCAGACACGUUUGCGGCCCAGAAGACUGAGAUUGCCACUAAGGAGGUUCCCAUCGUGCACACAGAGACAAAGACCAUCACUUACGAGGCUGCACAUCUGGACGGCAGUGGAGACGGUGAACCAGGCAUUCUCAUGACCGCCCAAACCAUUACCUCUGAGUCGCUGUGCACCACCACCACCACACAUAUCACCAAGACAUUAAAAGGUGGUCUCUCAGAAACCAGGAUCGAGAAGCGCAUUGUCAUCACCGGAGACUCAGACAUCGACCACGAUCAGGCCUUGGCCCAGGCUAUAAAGGAAGCCAAAGAGCAGCACCCUGACAUGUCAGUGACCCGGGUGGUGGUCCACAAAGAGACAGAGCUGGCCGAGGAGGGCGAGGACUGAGGCACCAGAGCUGAAGAGCCUGUGAAGUUCAUACAUGGAUGUUUGAGAAACUCCUGUCAUCUCCCAAACUGAGAGUCAACCUGGUGAGAAGACAAGGUGAAGACAACCCAGAGGCUGAACUCCUGUGUCUGUUUCAUCGCACGCCUUCCUUUUUUUAUCACUCAGAAGAGAACCACUUAGCUAAUGUUUGUAGUGCGUUUUUAUUCUUAUGUGUUUUUUGCUAAAAUAAGAAAAAAAUGGCUAUCAUUGUUAAAACCAGAUAGGAUUUAUCAAGUGGUAAUUUUUAUUGUUGCGCAGUAUUCACAUUCCUAGUAUGUACAGACAGCUGGUGUUAUGAGAAAGGACAUUUCAAUAUCUAGCUUCCUGGAUUCUUGCAUCUGUAUGUGGACAUGAAGUAAGACUAGGUGGAUAUUAGCUUUGGACCUAGUCUUGUUCUAUGUUCUUAGAGCCAGAUGUUUAUCAGUUUUUUUUGGGUGGGGGGGGGGACAGAAGAACAGCAAAUGAAUUUAAUUGGGUGAGUUUCCAAGGGACCAGCAAAGGGUGAAGCACUGUGUCAUUUUGUACAUUGCAAUACAGUGCCAACACAUGUUCUUCUCUAUGCAUUCAAAACUGAAGCAUUCCAUUAAAGUGCAGGUGCUUUUCCAAUACCUCACUCAGAAAAAAAACUGUAAAAAAUAAAAAGCUUGGACACUUUUUGUUUUCUGUGACUUUCUGGCAUCAUUAAUCCUAAAUAUAUUUGUAGAUUUUUUUUUGGGGUCUUUUAAACUUUUUUUUUUGUGUAUUUAUCUGUAAACUGAUUUACUGUAGAUGUUGAUGAGGUGUGUUUGCCCCUUUUUUUUUUAAAUAUAUUUUUAAUAUAUUUCAGAGGUUUUUUGACAGCUAAAAGAAACACAGUUGCCACCAUUUUAAUAUUUUACCUGUAGAUUAAAGAGAUGGCUGCCUCAUGCCUAGUGCUCUCUGCAGUCUGACCAACCCCACCAAGUCCAAUGACGGCAUCAAUUAGCUCUUUGGACCAUGUGUAUAGCAGAUCAUCUUAGAUAUUCAGCAGCUUGAAAAUGGUUUUCCCCCUCUCCACCACAGCCACCUAACCCUCUGUGUAACACUGAAAUAAACAUUUGUUAUUCUCUAA